AUGGGUACCGGUGGGGCAGAAAAUCAGGAAGCGCAAGCCAAUUGUCGCAGCCCUCAUAAACUCAUUCCACCAUUCAAUGAUAAACGAGACGACUUGGAUGCUUUCCUCCAGCGUUUUGAAAGAGUCGCAAGCAGCCAAAACUGGCCUCCUGCCAAAUGGGCAUUGUCAUUAAGCUUGUGCCUCACCGGCGAGGCCCUGACUGUAGUUGGCAGGAUGACUCCUGAGGAGUCCUUAGACUACGCAAAAGUCAAGCUAAGCCUGCUACAGCGGUUUCGCUAUACGACCGAAGGGUACCGCGAGAAAUUCAGGGAUGGCAAACCCGAAGAUGCGGAGACAGGGAGACAGUUCGCGGCUCGACUAUUGGGAUACUUUGACCGUUGGAUCGAGACAGGAGAAACCCCUAAGACGUAUGAAGGGUUAAGGGACCUGAUAGUCUCAGAGCAGUUCCUGAAGAGAUGCAACACAAAGCUAUCUAUAUUCCUAAAAGAAAGAAACUGCAGGUCCCUGGAGAAUCUGGCGACAACCGCAGACCACUUUCUUGAAGCACAGGGACAGACUAGCCUCUUUAAAUUGAGAGAUGAUUCGGACCACAAGAGUGGAGGCUGUGGGAAAGAAGGCAAUAAAACACAGCAUUCUAUAAGGGUAGCCAGUCGAUGCUACCUCUGCAACAAACCUGGUCAUAGAGCAGCCGAUUGCUGGACGAGUUCCAAGGCUCCGCGUCCUUCUGCGUGUUGGAGGUGUGGAAAGGCUGGGCACAAAGCAGAAGCUUGUAACUGGAAGUCAGACCGAGAAAAAGACAAGGCUUCCCAGGCUUCCUGUGUGUUAACGACCGCUGACGAAACCGAAUCAGAAAAGGCUUAUGUCUUGUUAAAAAACGGGGACAAAAUCCCAGUAGUAAAUAUGGCAGUUGGAAAACCUCCACGUUUCUUAGUAGACGAUAUGCCAGUGGUGAGAGGAGAAGUGGGAGGUCGAACGGUAACGGCCCUCAGAGACAGCGGCUGCAACACAGUUGUUGUAAAAAGAAGCCUGGUUCCAGAUAACAAGCUAACUGGCUUUUCCAGUCCAGUUUUUCUUCUGGACAGGACGAUUAAAUAUUUACCAGAGGCGGAGAUUGAAGUAAAAACACCAUACUUCACAGGCAGCUUGGUGGCGAAGUGUAUGGAUAACCCGUUAUAUGACUUGGUACUCGGAAAUAUUAAAGGAGUGAGGAGGAUCGAUGAUCCCGAUGAAGAAUGGGAUUGUGACAGAGGACAAAUAGUGUCUAAAGCGAGAGAAGCGGAAAUCGAAACUGAUCAGACGGCAGUAGGAGGAGAAACUGCUAAAGAACUCGCGAUGAGCGAGAAACGUGAAGAGAAAGACUGUAAGGUCUUGGAGAAAGUAAGUGAUUGCGCAGGGGCGCUAGGAAAGGCGCCAGGCAAGAAAAACAUUUCCGAGUUACCAGUCAUGUCGGUGGAGCCAACAGAAGUUGAUAAAAGAAAGCUGAGAAUGGCUCAGGAGAACGACGAAACGCUAAAUAAGUGCUUUGCUUCCAUCGGGAGAAAGUUCGGUUCAGAAAAGGCACACGAAUCGGAAUUCGUGUUACAUGACGGAAUCCUCUACAGGAGAUAUCGAACACCGUCCCGUAAGGAAUGGGAACAGUUAGUAGUACCAAGAGACUUUCGAAUGAUCGUGCUCAAAUUGGCACAUGAAGGAAUUAUGGCCGGCCAUCAGGGAACAAAGAAAACCACUGAUCGUGUACAAGAAGAAUUCUACUGGCCGGGAGUAACGGCAGAAAUAAAACGAUUUGUAAAAUCGUGUGACAUUUGCCAGAGGACUGUUCCCAAGCACUUGGUGGCCAGGGCGCCCCUUGGAACCAUGGAAAUCAUAGGGACACCCUUCCAACGAGUCGGCAUAGACAUCAUCGGACCAAUCAAGCCGAGUUCAGAAAAUGGCAACAGAUAUAUAUUGACGAUGAUUGAUUUUGCCACCAGAUAUCCAGAUGCUGUCGCCUUGAAGAGCAUGGAGACAACAGAGGUUGCAGAGGGCCUUCUUCAAAAGUUUUCACGAGUAGGCCUACCCCAAGAAGUCCUAAGUGAUCGGGGGUCCUGCUCCACGUCAGGCUUGAUGAAGGAGAUCAGUCGCCUGUUAUCGCUGAGACAGUUGACUACCACGCCCUACCAUCCUAUGGGUAAUGGACUUGUCGAGCGGCUGAAUGGGACAUUAAAACAAAUGAUUCGGAGGAUGUGCCAAGAAAAGCCACGAUGCUGGGAUCGGUACCUGACCCUGUUGCUUUUCGCAUAUCGGGAAGUCCCACACAGUAGUUUGGGGUUCUCCCCGUUUGAUCUGCUUUACGGGAGAUAUAUUCGGGGUCCCAUGGCAGUUUUAAAAGAACUGUGGACUAACGAGAACAUCGACCCUGAGACGAAAACAACCUACGGGUACAUGGUCGAUCUUUGGAAGAGGCUGGAAGACACGUGCAAAGUUGCCCACGAAGAACUAAGAAAAGCCCAGAAGACGCAAAAGGGAUAUUACGACAAGAAGAGUCGUGUACGCGAACUGCAAGAGGGAGAUCCAGUGCUGAUCUUGUUACCAACUGACAAAAAUAAACUGAUUCUGCAAUGGAAGGGACCAUUCCGAGUGGUGGAGAGAAGGAAUGAACUGGAUUACGUAAUAGACCUUGGAGGAAAGACGACAUUAUUCCACGUCAAUAUGCUCAAAAAGUAUGAGGAGAGAGAAGUUCUGGGCGCUCCUGAACAAGUCUUGGCUGGCCUCGCAGUAGAAGAGGAAGGUGAAGAACAGGAGGUCCCCCAUGUCGGCCUUCGGCGUCAGCAAGACCACAAUGAUGUGCGGAAAUCAGAAGAACUCUCAGAAGAACAGGUCACAGAGGUGGAAGAAUUGCUAGAGUCGUUCCAAGAAGUAUUCUCGGAUCUUCCGGGUCGAACCAAUCUCGUAAAAUGCCAGCUGAAACUAACAACAGAUGUGCCAGUUCAAGUUCGACAGUACCCCCUCGCCUUUGCGCUACAGGAAGCAGUAGAAAAAGAGAUAGGUGACAUGCUGAGUCUCGGCAUAAUUGAGAAAUGCGACUCGCCCUACAACUCACCCGUGGUGGUAGGGGGUGAAUGUGAUGAUAUGGGCUAA